GUGGUUCUGAUUUCUUUCACGUAAUAAACUACCUUAUUUAUCUUAAUGACUCUGCAAAAGGAGAUUCUCAUACUAAAAAUAUUGAUAUUCAACGAACUGAUCAUAUCGAUCGUACUGAUGAUGACAAUGAUUUUUUUCAAGCUUUAGAAUUAAACAGCUCAUUUUCAGCUGAGGAAGAUGAA